AUGAAGAAAACAUACUUCAUCUCGCCCAACUUCGACAUUGCGCCUCCGCCAGAUGGCCCACUCAAGCUCGGCCACAUCAUUCCGCGCCCAGAUGAGUCCGAUAUCGAGCCGCUCAAUGUCGACAGCUACAUUGCAGCCCCAGCGUCGCUGCCACCCAUGCUCAAGACUGGCUUUUCCAGCUCCCGCAGCAAGCUACUGGCCGGCGAACUCGGUAUAUGGGCUCAGGUCAUGGCCACAAUCGGCGUUCACGCCAGCGCAGGCUUCGAUUGUUCUUCAGAUGACGAGAUCAACGUUAGAGAGGUUGAGACUCAGAGCUUCCAACCAAGUCUGGACUACGUGACAAGAAGCGUUGCUGGCCUCGACGUUGCUGCUUUCCUUGAGCAGACCCGAUACAAAGCUCCAGUAUAUAUGAUCACAGGCCUCAAGAUCGCCCGAGGAGCAUCCAUGCGCAGCAGCAGUAGCAGAUCCAUCAAUGCCUCUGGCGGAGUAGACCUACCCAUGGAAGGCGCCCGAGUAGGACCAAGCGGAAAGUUAACGCACAGGCGAGCGGAACACGGAUCAUUUGAGGACUCGAGCGACUUCGUGCUCGCGUUUCGCAUCCAGCGUGUGCGAUUCCGUGUCAAGGACGGCGUACCAGAGAUUAGGGACCGCGCAACAUAUGUCAAGGGAGCUAAGAUGCUGGGAGACGACGACGAGACUCCACAAGGACCAGAGGCGCCAGAAGUUCUCGGUCUACAGGACGAGGCUGAUGAAUUGCCGGAGGAAGUGGGAUUGCUUAAUGGUGUACAUCACGAUGACGAUGACGGUGAUCAGCUCUGCGAAUUUGCGUUGUUACGAUAG